GUCUCCUCUUUCCUCUAGUAUCACUCCAUUGUUGGCCACAGGGGUCAGGACCCGCUGCCUCCUGCAUUAUUUACGCUGCUGCCCAGGAGGGGAGACUCCAGGACCGGGACAGAUUGAGCCCAUAACCCUGCGAGAGCAGAAAACGUCUAGCAACCGAGACUUCAGGGCACCCGUGGGCAGUCAGACUAGAGAGCAAAAGGAUCAGGACAUCGGGAUGGGCGGAAGCAAGGGCAAAACACAUCAGCGCCGGGCUCGACCUGGGAGACCAGCCUCAGCCGAGCGGGAGUCCGGGUCCGCCAGCGCCGACUGCGCCCCAAGCAGAGACCGCAGGCCUGACCGCGGCAAAGCCCACAAGACCAAGCCCGCUACGGAAUCUGAGGACCCCGCAGGCAAAGAGACCACCGGAGGCCGCAGAAAGCCCACCGGAGAGGGGAACCACCGCUGCAGAAGUGCAGAAAUUGGGACAUCUCAGGAGACCCAGGAGAGGCAGGGCAGCUCUCAGCGUCUGGGACACGGACCCACGGAGAGCCGCGAGUCCGAGAACAGUUGUGGGGAGCACCGGGAGGAACAGAGAAUCCCCGGGGAAGAAGAGAGGACAGUCAAGCGCGGCCGCCGCAAGAGAGGAAAGGAUCGGGGACCUUCGACUCGACGAGGCCAUGGAAAGACGCCUGGCAGGGAUGGGGACGCGUCGAGCGGAGAUGGUGGCAGCUCGUGCUUGGACAGUGAAGCCCGCGAAGCCCAGGACAGCAGCAGCCAGGGCGGUGGAGCCCCGGAGCAGCCACCCAAGAUGGAGCCUUCCGAUACCAACUCAGAAGGCGCCCCAACUAUAGGACCCAAGCUAACUCUGGUGCAGGGCAAAUGCCCUGAUAGCAACCAUCCAGGCAGCGAAGGACACACCUUGGACUUCCAGAGCAGGGAAGGGUCAUCGGGGACAGGGUCUCAGAGAGCGAGUGACGAUUCCCAGACAGAUACAGACUCGAGCCCCGGGUCUGCUGGGCACAGAUGUCUCUCACAAAAGAUCCCUGAGUCCCAGGAGACAGACCUGGGCAGGGAAGCUGCAGCCUCCAGCAUUCCCAGGGGCUCUCAGAGUCCUCGGGACUCUAGCGCGACCGUAGACACCAGUGACGUCGAGGCGCAGCCAAAGGCUGAGCUGCCGGGCCCUGAACCUGAGACGGUGGAGGAGGCUCCCGGGGCUCAGCGCCUCCAGGUCGGAGAGCUGGCGAGGAAGGUGCAAGUGGUUGUGGGCGAGAGUGACGCGGGAGCCAGAAAGCGAGUGGGUGCAGGGGACCCAGGACCCCAGGACCGGACGCCGCUGGCCGCGCUCGUAGUGCUCCGCAGGCUGCGCCCGAGGCCCCCAGCCCUCGGGUCUCCUCAGCUUGCCAGUGGCGUCCCCGUGGGUCUCAAGGCGCGGCUGCAGCGCGUGGCACCAGCCCUGGGCUUCCUGCGCUGGCUGCGACUGCGGGUGGAGCGACGUCGAGCCGAGGCGCGCAGCGCGAGCCCGCGGGAGCGCGAGGAGCGCGGCCGCCAGAGGGCGCUCGAGGCGCGGGGCGGGGCGUCCCGGCCACGGCGCUGGCUGGCGCUACGCCUGGCCUGUCGCCUGGUGGGGCUCCGGGGAACGCCGCGGGCUCCCCCUAGCGGUGGUCCGAGCCCUCCACAGGCUGUGAGUAGCUCAGUCUCUGAAGAUGCUUCAGCCAUCGAGGAUCCAGCUCCAGAUCCCAAAUUCGCCGUGGUCUUCCCCCGGAUCCAUAAUGCGGGGAAGGAGUCGGGCAGCAGCAGUUCAGAAGCAUCCACGGACGCCCCCACUGCAGAAGGCCGCGUUUCGUCUCCUGCUGGGGCUGCCGAGGAUAGGGAGGAACAAGAGGCUAAUGGAGAAGGAGUGGUCAGGUCCUGUCAGGCUCCCUGCUUUUUCCCGUCUGCCCCCUGUGGGACCCCACCGGAUGAGAACCGGAGCGAAGCAGAGCCAGAGACCUUGGAAUCUAAGACUGGGCUGCAUUGGGCACAGGACUCUAAUCCCUGCGAAGACCCUGAGCUUGACGCUGAUACUCUGCUGCCUCAGCUCACCCUGGAGACUCGCCUGCGGCAGAAUAGCCCCUGCAGGUCACCAAGGGAGCGGUGGGAGCCAGAAGAUGACGCUGAGGCAGCGCUGGAAAGGGACCUGGAGUUGAGCCUCCAGAGAGACCUGGAGAUGCCACCCUUUCUGGGGACUAAGAUCAGGAGUCUCCCAGAGGGCCUGGAAGACAUUGAGGACCUCGCCAGGCUGCGGCUGGUGUGUGACAGCUCUGUGCUGCUAUGCCUCAAGAAGAGGUUCCACCUGGGCCGCAUCUAUACUUUUGGGGGACCCCUCCUGCUUGCUCUGAACCCCCACCAGCCCCUGCCUCUCUUCUCAUCAGAAGUCUCAGCCAGCUACCAUCCCAGGAAAGCCCCAAACACCACACCACACAUCUUUGCCAUCGGGGUAGCAGCCUAUAGCCUGUCUCAGAGCUCUGGACAAGACUCCUGCAUCCUCCUGGGGGGCCACAGUGGCUCAGGGAAGACUGAGGCUGCCAAGAAGAUUUUGAAAUUUCUAAGCAGCAUAGAGCAGAAGCCGAUGGAGGCCAGCGGGGCUCAGCUGGAGGACAUAUUGCCCGUGCUCAGCAGCUUUGGACAUGCCAAGACCAUCCUGAAUGCCAACGCCAGCCGCUUUGGCCAGGAGACACACCUCUGCUUGCAGCAGGGGGUAAUUGUAGGAGCCUCUAUGUCCCACUACCUGCUUGAGACCUCCAGAGUAGUGUUUCAGGUAAUGACCAGCCUCCUGCCCACCCCCUCCCCAGCUCUGAAGGUGGGAAAGAGGACGGGGCACAGCCCUCAAACCCUACUCCCCACCAAGCCAGUUUCUCUACCCAAGGCCCAGGCUGAGCGAAGCUUCCAUGUGUUUUAUGAGCUGCUGGCAGGGUUGGACCCCACGGAACGGGAGCAGCUCUCUCUGCAGGGACCUGAGGCCUAUUACUACCUCAACCAGGGCGGAGCCUGCAGGCUCCAGGGCAAGGAAGAUGCCCAGGACUUCAAGGAGCUGGUAAAGGCCCUGCGGGUGCUGGGGUUGUGCACAGAGGAGCUGACUGCAGUCUGGGCUGUGCUGGCCACCAUCCUGCAUCUGGGCAACAUCUGCUUCUCUUCUUCAGAGCGGGAGUCCCAGGAGGUGGCUGCUGUGUCCAGCUGGGCCGAAAUCCACCUGGCAGCCCGGCUGCUACAGGUGCACCCAGAACACCUAGAGGGGGCAGUCACCAAGAGGGUCACGGACACACCCUACGGCCUUGUCUCCAGACCUCUGCCAGUGGAAGGUGCCAUUGAUGCCAGGGAUGCCCUAGCCAAGACCCUGUACGCGAGGCUCUUCACCUGGCUUCUGAAGCAGAUCAAUGUGCGGCUGUCCCCACCGAGGGAGGCAGACGGUGUGACCGCCAUUGCUGUUGUGGACGUCUUCGGCUUUGAGGCACUGCGGGUGAAUGGCUUAGAGCAGCUGUGCAGCAAUCUGGCCAGCGAGCGCCUGCAGUUCUUCUCCAGCCAGAGGCUGCUGGCCCAGGAGGAGGAGGUGUGCCAGCAGGAGCUGCUGAAAUGGGUGCCUAUUCCCCAGCUGCCAAGGGAGUCCUGCCUGGAUCUCCUGGUGGGCCACCCCCAUAGCCUCCUAAGCAUCCUGGACACCCAGACCUGGCUACCCCAGGCCACAGACCACACCUUCCUCCAGAAGUGCCACUAUCACCAUGGUGACCACCCGAGCUAUGCCAAGUCUCAGCUGCCCCUGCCAAUCUUCACGGUGCGGCACUAUGCCGGGACCGUCACCUACCAGGUGCACAAGUUCGUAAACAGAAACAGGGACAGCCUGGACCCCGCCGUGCUGGAGAUGCUCAGGCAGAGCCAGCUGCAGCUCAUGGGCAGUCUGUUCCAAGAAGCAGAGCCCCAGGCUGGGACCGAGCAAAGCAAACCCACAUUGGCCUCUCGAUUCCAGCAGUCCCUGGGUGACUUGCUAGCUAGGCUAGGCAGGAGCCAUGUCUAUGUUAUCCACUGUCUCAACCCCAGCCCUGGAAAGCUCCCAGGCCUCCUGGAUGUGGAACACGUGGCAGAGCAGCUGCGUCAGGCUGGCGUCCUGGAGAUCAUAGGCACCCGAAGUACCCACUUCCCCGUACGAGUGCCCUUCCAAGUCUUUCUGGCAAGGUUCCGUGCUCUAGGGUCCGGGAGACAGAAAGCUGUCUCUGACCGGGAGAGGUGUGGUGCCAUCCUCAGGGAAGUCCUGGGGGCAGAGUCACCCCGCUAUCAUCUUGGAGCCACUCAGGUUCUACUGCAGGAGCAGGGCCGGCAGCAGCUAGAACAGUUGUGGGCUCAGCGGCGCUCACAGGCCCUGCUCACUCUGCACCGUGGCCUCCGAGCCUGUAUCACCCGUCAGCGGCUCCGUCUCCUACCCCGGAUGCAGGCUCGUGUGCGGGGUCUCCAGGCCAGGAAGCGAUACCUCCGGCGGAGGUCAGCUCUGGGACAGCUGAACACCAUCCUCCUAGUGGCUCAGCCCCUGCUCCGGAGACGACAGAAGCUACAGUGUUCCCGUGGCCCGCAGAGUGGGGAGCCCCGGGGGAAAGUGUCAAGUAUGGACCCGGGGCGCUUGGAGAUCCCAGCCCAGCUGGCUGCUCUGCUGGAGAGAGCAGAAGGCCACCAGGCCAGACUGACUGGGAGCAUCACAGAGUCCCUACCACCUGAGGUUCCUGUCCGGCCCAGCUUGACUCUUCCUCCAGACAUUGACCAGUUUCCCUUCUCCAGUUUCGUGUCCACCAGCUUCCAGAAGCCAUUUCUGCCCAGACCAGGGCAGCCACUGGCCGAGCCCCUGACGAGGUUGGAUGGCGAGAACCCUCAGCAGGCUCUGGAGAUCAAUAGGGUGAUGCUGCGGCUCCUGGGAGAGGGGUCCCUGCAGUCCUGGCAAGAACAAACCAUGGGCACAUACCUGGUGCAGCGGGCACAGCGCCGGCCAGGACUUAGAGAUGAGCUCUUCAGCCAGUUGGUGGCCCAGCUGUGGCACAACCCGGAUGAACAGCAGACUCAGCGUGGCUGGGCCCUAAUGGCAAUCCUGCUCAGCUCCUUUCCCCCUACACCUGCCCUGGAGAAGCCAUUGCUCAAAUUUGUGUCUGACCAGGCCCCCAGUGGCAUGGCAGCCUUGUGCCAGCACAAGCUGUUAGGUGCCCUGGAGCAGACACCGCUGGCUCCCAUGGCUGCACGGUCCCACCCACCCACACAGCUUGAGUGGAAGGCUGGACUGCGACGGGGCCGUAUGGCGCUGGAUGUGUUCACAUUCAACGAAGAAAGCUAUUCCGCUGAAGUGGAAUCCUGGACCACAGGAGAGCAGCUUGCAGGGUGGAUCCUACAGAGCAGAGGCCUGGAGGCGCCCCCUCGUGGCUGGUCUGUGUCACUGCAUUCUGGAGAUGCUUGGCAAGACUUGCUGGGCUGUGACUUUGUGUUGGACCUGAUAGGCCAGACGGAGGACUUGGGAGACUCAGCCGGUCCCCACGACUACCCCAUCACUCCUCUUGGUUUAGCUGAGAACAUCCCUCCAGCCCCCGGUGUCCAAGCUCCUUCCCUGCCCCCAGGACUCCCUCCAGGUCCAGCCCCAACUCUGCCCAGCAGCCGCUCUCCAGGUGAGGCCAGUAGGCCGGGGAACCUGGAUGGUUUCUUGGACCACCUCUUUGAGCCAGUCCUCACCCCAGGCGUUAGUGAUUUGGAACAAGGCUGGGCCCUGAACAGACGCAUGAAGGGAGGGGGCUCUAUUGGGCCCACCCAGCAGGGCUACCCCAUGGUGUACCCAGGUAUGGUGCAGGCACCCAGCUACCAGCCAGCUAUGAUACCCGCGCCUAUCCCCAUGAUGCCAGCCAUGGGCACAGUCCCAACCGUGCCAGCCAUGAUGGUCCCACCCCAGCCACAGCCUCUGAUGCCCAGUUUGGACUCAAGGCAGCUGGCAGAACAGCAGCAAAACUUCAUUCACCAGCAGGCGAUGAUUCUGGCCCAGCAGAUGACUGCCCAGGCCAUGAGCCUGUCCCUGGAGCAGCAGAACCAGAGGCGCCAGCACCAAGCUCAGGCCCCUGGGGCCGCCUCCCAGGCUCCACCCUCAACCAUUGCUCCCAAGGCCAAGAAGCCUCCUGCACCCCAAGAGAAGCCAGCGAAUGAUCCAGAACCUUUGGAUGUUUCCUUUAGAGAGGACACUCCAGAGGAGGCUGAAAUCAGGCCUCAGCGCCCCAAGAGCUUUCAACAGAAACGGGACUACUUCCAGAAGAUGGGCCAAGAGCCGAUCAAGGUGAAGACGGUGAAGCCUCCAGCCAAGGUUCAGAUCCCCCAGGAGGAGACAGAGGAGGACGAGGAGGAAACAGCGCAGGUGUCCCCUCCUCCUCCUCCUCCCCCAGUUGUGAAGAAGCCGCUGAAACAAAGUAGGACCAAAACUGGAAAGGAGGAUGAGGUGGAACCCGCACAGAAGGAAGAACCGACACGGGACGGGGCUCCCAAAGUGCAGAGCUCCAACUCCACCCCUCAGCAACCCAGCAGGUCUCCUCCCAUGGUGAAGAGCUCCGAUUCCACCCCUCAGCGCCCGCAACCCAGCCGGGAAAUCCGCAACAUCAUCCGCAUGUACCAGAGCCGCCCAGGGCCUGUGCCUGUGCCUGUACAACCCACCAGGCCCUUUAAAACUUUUCAGAAGAAAAACGACCCUAAGGAUGAGGCUUUGGCUAAGUUAGGAAUAAAUGGUGCCAGCUCGCCCCCAUUGACGUCGCCUACUCACGGGAAGAGCUCCCCACCAGCUGUGGCUCCUAGACCCAAGGCUCGACCACGCCUUGAACCCUCCACGUCCAUCCGGGAAAAGCAGGGACCCCUUCGGGACUUGUUUGGCCCAUGUAGCCCAAACCCACCUACAGCGCCAGCACCCCCGCCUCCACUCCCACCCCCACUGUCUCUGCCUGGGGAGCCCAAGAGCCCCUUAGUCGAGUCUCGUGCCUUGACAGAGCCCAUGGAGGACAGGGGCAUCUCCACGAAGCUCCUUGUGCCCUCUGGAAGCGUGUGCUUCUCUUACGCCAAUGCACCCUGGAAGUUGUUCUUACGAAAGGAGGUGUUCUACCCUCGGGAGAACUUCAGCCAUCCCUACUGCCUCAAUCUGCUCUGCCAGCAGAUCCUGCGGGACACCUUCACAGAGUCCUGCACCCGGAUCUCACAGGACGAGCGGCACAAAAUGAAAGGCCUGCUGGGAGACUUGGAGGUGGGCCUGGACUCCCUUGAUGUUGCUGAAGACGGCAUCAAAAAACGCAUUGUGGUUGCUGCUCGGGACAACUGGGCCAAUUACUUCUCCCGCAUCUUCCCUGUCUCGGGUGAGAGUGGCAGUGACGUACAGCUGCUGGGCGUGUCUCACCGGGGACUGAGGCUGCUGAAGGUGACCCAAGACCCCAGCUUCCACCUGGACCAGCUGAAGACACUCUGCUCCUACAGCUAUGCCGAGGUGUUGGCUGUGCAGUGUAGGAGCACCUCCACCCUGGAGCUGUCACUGAAGAGUGAGCAGCUGAUCCUGCACACGACCUGGGCGAGGACCAUGAAGGCCAUGGUGGAACAGUUCCUGAGUGAGCUCAAGAAGGACUCCGGUUACGUCAUCGCCCUGCGCAGCUACAUCACCGAUGACAACAGUCUCCUCAGUUUCCACCGUGGGGACCUCAUUAGGCUGCUGCCGGUGGCCGCUCUGGAACCAGGCUGGCAGUUCGGCUCUGCCGGGGGCCGCUCCGGACUCUUUCCUGCUGACAUGGUGCAGCCAGCUGCUGCCCCGGACCUCUCCUUCUCGCUGGGAAAGAGAAACAGCUGGCAGCGCAAGAGUAACAGAGUAACAGGGCCAGCUCAGGAGCGCCCCACCCAUCUCAGGAAACAAGAGCCCAGCGAAGCCUCGGAGGCCACCUCCGUUACGACCUACAGCUCUCUGUCUGCUGACUCCCACAACUACACCAUGCGGGAAUUUGCCCUGCGCUACUUCCGAAAGCCUCAUACCUGGUUGACCCAGAUGAGCGCAGGCACCAAGGAGACCACUGUAGUCAGCCUGAUCCAGUACACUAAGGACCCCAUCCAGGAAUCCCUUACCAUCUUCUGCAACGAGGACACAAACACUAAGGCUGUGGCUGGCUUCAAGGCUCUGAUGCAGUUUAUGGGGGACCAGCCUAAGCCCCGGGGUAAGGAUGAGCUGGCUCUGCUCUAUGAGUUGCUGAAGCUGUGCCAAGAGGACCUCCGGGACGAGAUGUACUGCCAGGUCAUCAAGCAAGUCACAGGACACCCCCAGCCGAAGCACUGUGCCCUGGGCUGGAGCAUCCUCAGCCUCUUCACUGGCUUCUUUGCACCAUCCACCACUCUGAUGCCCUAUGUGACCAAGUUCCUGCAGGAUUCCAGCCCCAGCCAAGAGCUGGCCCAGAGCAGCCAGGAGAACCUCCAGCGCACGGUUAAAUAUGGGGGACGUCAGCAGCUGCCGUUACCUGGUGAAAUGCAUGCUUUUCUGAAAGGGCAAGCAUCUCGUUUGCUUCUGAUUCACCUGCCUGGGGGUGUGGACUACAGGACAAACACACAGACUUUCACGGUGGCAGGGGAAGUGCUAGAGGAACUGUGUGGACAGAUGGGCAUCACGGACUUGGAGGAAGUGCAGGAAUUUGCCCUCUUCAUCAUCAAAGGGGAAGGUGAGCUGGUUCGGCCACUGUCGACCCCCGAGUACAUCAACAAUGUGAUAAAAGACCAGGACAUAAGCCUGCACAGCCGGAGGCUUGGCUGGGAGACUCCACUGCACUUUGAUAACACCACCUACAUCGAAACCCACUAUGGCCAGGUGCUACGGGACUACCUGCAAGGGAAGCUGAUAAUGAGUGCCCAGGCCGAGGCUCAGCUCGCACAGCUCGCUGCCUUUCAGCACCUCAGCAAGGCCAGCACCGGUCCUCCAUCAGAGCCAGAGCUGCUGUCUUAUAUCCCCAAGCCACUGCAAGGGCAGGUGAACACAGCCAGCAUAAAGAGCUUGGUGAUCCAGGAGCUGAGGCAGAUGCAAGGGUACAAUGAGCAGAAGGCACAGAUCGGCUUCAUCGAGACCACGACCCAGCUGCCCCUCUUUGGCCACACUGUGUAUGUGGUGCUGAGGGUCAGUAAGCUGGCCCUCCCUGGCCCAGUCCUCCUGGGGCUCAACCGACAACACCUUGUCCUCAUGGACCCCAGCUCUGAGAAACUCUGCUGCUCCAUUGCACUAAAGGACCUCCAGCGGCUCCAUCUAAUGAGCCCGCUGGAGGAGGAUGGGCCCCCUGGCCUGGAACUCAAUUACGGCUCUGCUGACAACCCCCAGACCAUCUGGUUGGAGCUGCCACAGGCCCAGGAGUUGCAGCACACCAUCAUCUUCCUGCUGGGCAGCGUGUCCACUCAGUGGCCAGGUCUCUGAGGAGAGUCGAGAAGAGGCAGCAGCCUCUCACUGGGCAGUCUGCCUUGGUCCUGCUCUGAAACUGCAGCACAGCCCCAAAUGGAGGCCAUGAGGCAGGGGCUGUGACUUCCCCUGGGGGAGUAAGCAGACACUUUCCCUGAGGUGGGCUGAAGAACUGGGUGUGGGCAUCUGAUCCAGGAUCGGCAAAGCGUUCAUGAAGCUCUACAUGGAGCAGCACAAGUAAAACUCUCAAGAAAAGGACUGUGUGUGAGCAUGUGUCUCCACAAAACUCCCAAGGAAAGGACUGACUGUGUGUGAGCAUGUGUCUCCACAAAACUCCCAAGGAAAGGACUGUGUGUGAGCAUGUGUCUCCACAAAACUCCCAAGGAAAGGACUGACUGUGUGUGAGCAUGUGUCUCCACAAAACUCCCAAGAAAAGGACUGACUGUGUGUGAGCAUGUGUCUCCACAAAACUCCCAAGGAAAGGAC